CGAUCUCCGCCGUCGAUCUCUCCCGUCAACUCCGUCGUGGAUCCGCCGUCGUACGCCGACGCGAUCUUCACGUCGUUCGAUUCCUCUUCACCCAACGGCCACCGGAGCGCCAAGCUCUCCCCGGGAUCGGAAUCCGGCGACGGAAUCUCCGAUUUCCUGAAGGUGUGGGUCUCGGAGCCGCAGAAGGAGCAGGAGCCGACCGGCCGGACUACUUUCUACACGUACCUGAUCACGAUGAGGACGAACAUUCAAGGUUUCGGAGGAUCCGAGUUCAUAGUGCGGCGGCGGUUCAGGGACGUGGUGGCGCUGUCGGAGCGGUUAUCGGAGACGCACAGAGGGUUUUUCGUCCCCGUACGACCGGAUAAGAGCGUGGUGGAGAGCCAGAUGAUGCAAUCGGAGCAGUUCGUGGAGCAGCGGAGGGCUCAAGUGGAGAAGUACCUGAACAAAUUGGCGGCGCACCCGGUGAUUCGGAGGAGUGAGGAGCUUAGAGCGUUUUUGAUUACCAGAGGGAGGGUUUUGCAGCUUCCGAAGAGCGUGGACGUGUCGCCGAAGCAGCCUUCGGUUGUGGCGGCGGAGGGGAGAACCGGCGGGGACUUGAUGAGGAUGUUCAAGGAGUUGAGACAGUCGGUGGUGAAUGACUGGGGAAGAGUCAAGCCUCUGGUUGUUGAGGAAGAUAAGGAGUUCUUGGAGAGGAAAGAAUGGCUCUUGGAGUUUGAGCAACAGCUUAGCAAUUUGUCUCAACAGGCUGAGGCUCUGGUAAAAGCUCAGCAAGACAUAGGAGAGACAAUGGGGGAAUUGGGGUUGGCAUUUGUGAAAUUGACCAAGUUUGAGACGGAUGAAGCCGUUUUCAACUCACAAAGAGUAAGAGCCGCUGAUAUGAAAAACGUGGCGACUGCUGCUGUUAAAUCCGGCAGAUUAUAUAGGGAGUUAAAUUCGCAGACGGUUAAGCAUUUG